AUGGCCACCCCCCGGGCAGCAACAGCCGCUCUGCUGCGGCAGCUGCGUCGAGCCCGCCCCUCAGCAACACGACAGUCAUUACGAGGCGCGACAACAACUCCCCCGACCCACGCCAGGCCCUCGUCGACCUUCUCGUCAGUCAAUGCCGAGGAAAUCUCCCACUUCAACGGCCUCGCUGCCUCGUGGUGGGAUCCCCACGGCUCCUCCCGCCUCCUGCACCUCAUGAACCCGCUACGACACGACUUUAUCCGCGCCUGUCAGGCCUCGACCGCCGACGCGCCGCCCCCCUCGUCGGCCGCCACGGCCCGCUAUCUCGACGUUGGUUGUGGCGGCGGAAUCUUCGCCGAGUCGGCCGCCCGCCUGCCCACAACAGCCUCGGUCACGGCCAUUGACCCUUCACCCGAAGUCCUCGCCAUCGCCCGCGCCCAUGCCCGCCGCGACCCGGCCCUGCGCCCGCCCCAGCUGACCUACCUACCGGCCACCAUCGAGACGCUGCCCAUGCCGGCGACGCCUGCGGACCGCUUCGACGUCGUCUCCGUCUUCGAGGUCGUCGAGCACGUCGACUCGCCCGCCGAAUUCCUCGCGCGCUGCGCCCCCUUUGUCAAGCCUGGCGGCUGGCUCGUCGGCAGCACCAUCGCCCGCACCUGGGUCAGCUGGCUGACGACAAACUUUCUCGCCGAGGACGUCCUCGGCAUCGUGCCCAAGGGCACCCACGACUGGAACAAAUACAUCAAUGACGCCGAGCUGACGGCCUGGUUCGCCGGGCAGAGCGGCUGGGCGAGCCCCCGCAUCAUGGGUGUCGUCUACGUGCCCGGCGUUGGGUGGCGCGAGGUCGCCGGCAGCGAGAAGGUGGGCAACUACUUUUUCGCGUUCCGGCGGGAGAUCGCCGCGUAA